GGAGAAAUCAGUUCAGUUCUGGCUGCAAAGUGAUCCUAGAAGGACUCUCCUACCUCGCUUUUCCUGUUUGCAGGAAGUGAAAGUUACGUUGAUCGUAACUGAAACACAAUUGUCGAAAGAGAAACCGGUGAAAGUUCGCGGAAGAACCUUUUCGAGAAGAUGGCUACCAAAGUUUACAGCAACUUCGGCGCCUCGAACGGUGCAGUGAUGAACAGUGGUAGAUACCAGCCUGAGGGUGGCAAAACGACGCACACCACAGCAGCAGGCGGCGGUCACGGCAAUCGCAGUAAUACUCGCAGCGGACCAGUCUGUAGUGAGCUGUCAAACGGCAAGGAAGCGCUUGUGAACGGUGCCAGCAGCAACAACAAAUCGGCAGCAACAGCAGGUGCAACCAUCUGCAGUAAAUUCGGUAUCAACAGCCAGGAAUCUUCGGUCGAUAUGAGUCGCGAUCGUCUCGGGCAGUGGCCGACGGAAUCGGACGGCGAAGUUGCCGGCGGUGUUACCGGGUUCACCCGGAUGAGGAACGGGCGCUACAAUAAGGGUCUUGCAUUCACCAUCGAAGAGCGUCAAGCCCUCGGUAUCCAUGGUCUGCUGCCGGCUGCCGUUCGCUCCGAGAAGGAGCAGGUCAAGCACUGUUUGACCCUGCUGAACCGGUACGAGAAUGAUCUGGACAAGUACAUCUAUCUGAUCGGCCUGAUGGACCGGAACGAGCGCCUGUUCUACCGGGUGCUGGCUUCGGACAUUGGCAACAUGAUGCCGCUUGUCUACACCCCGACCGUGGGAUUGGCCUGUCAGAAGUUCAGUUUGAUCUUCCAACAGCCCAAGGGAAUGUUCAUCACCAUCAACGACAAGGGACAUGUGUAUGAUGUGCUGAAGAACUGGCCGGAAAAAGAUGUUCGCGCCAUCUGCGUUACCGACGGAGAACGUAUCCUGGGUCUGGGCGAUCUGGGAGCCAACGGCAUGGGCAUUCCAGUGGGCAAGCUGGCUCUGUACACCGCCCUUGCCGGCAUCAAACCGCACCAAUGUCUGCCAAUCACUUUGGACGUGGGAACCAACACCCAAAGCAUUUUGGACGACCCUCUGUACAUGGGACUGAAGCACAAGCGUGUUACAGGAGAUGCCUACGAUGAGUUCAUCGACGAGUUCAUGGAGGCUGCGGUUCGACGUUUCGGCCGUAACUGCCUGAUCCAGUUUGAAGAUUUUGGAAACUCCAACGCAUUCCGUUUCCUGGACAAAUACCGUGAUAACUAUUGUACCUUCAACGAUGACAUUCAAGGCACUGCUUCGGUGGCCGUCGCCGGUCUUCUAGCAUCUCUCCGCGUGACCAAAACCAAGCUCAGUGAAAACACUGUCUUGUUCCAGGGAGCUGGUGAAGCAGCCCUUGGCAUUGCCGAACUUUGUGUAAUGGCCAUGCGUAAGGAAGGUCUCAGCGAAGAUGAAGCUCGCAAGAAGAUUUGGCUUGUUGAUAGCAAGGGUUUGAUCGUCAAGGAUCGCCCGAAGGGUGGAAUCAGUGGUCACAAGCACCACUUUGCCCACGAGCACGUCCCUGUUGACACUCUGGCCGAGGCCGUCAAGGAAUUGAAACCAACGGUCUUGGUCGGCGCUGCCGCCAUCGCUGGAGCCUUCACCCCGGCCAUCCUGCGUACCAUGGCAGAAUGUAACGAGCGUCCAAUCAUCUUUGCCCUGUCCAACCCGACCAGCAAGGCCGAAUGUACCGCCGAACAGGCCUACGAAAAUACCGAUGGCCGUUGCGUCUUUGCUUCCGGCUCUCCUUUCGCACCUGUUACCUACAAGGGCACAACAUAUCACCCGGGUCAGGGUAACAAUUCGUACAUCUUCCCCGGUGUAGCCCUCGGGGUCAUCUGUGCCGGAGUUUCUACCAUUCCGGAGGACAUCUUCCUGAUCUCAGCCGCACGUUUGGCCGAAAUUGUAACGGAGAAGGACCUGGAGAUUGGUAGUCUGUACCCACCGCUGGAAACCAUCCAGUCCUGUUCGAUCAAGAUCGCGGUCCGCAUUAUGGAGUAUGCCUAUGAAAACGGACUUGCCUGUACGCAACCGGAACCGGCCGACAAGGAAGCCUUCAUCCGCUCCCAGAUGUACACUCUGGACUACAAGAGUUCCUUGCCAGCCAUUUACCCGUGGCCAAAGCUGUAAAUCUGUCCGCUGGUCGGCCGUUCGCUCACCACAUCACAUACACUAUUGUAUAUUUAACCCCCUUUCUACGUGUAUAUUCGAUUCAACGUGUCUUUCAUCAAAGGAUGUAUUUUUGUGUAUAGAAAAAAGAAGGAUUUUACGCGGGUUUCAGUUGUAAAAUUAUCGGUAAAUUAAGCAACCGGUGUUCGAAGUAUUUCAAAAGCUUUCGAAAAAAACGAACACGUUCUGUGUUAGAUAUUGGUCAGCUCAUCCAAUGACCAAUUUGUGUUUUUCCUAGUUUUAAGUUAUUAUCAUUUUAUUAUUUCAUUUAGUCCAAAGUUGCGUUUACAGGCACCAAAUUUUUCAGUGUUCACACGACAUGCUUGAAAUGGAACCAUUUGUUUUGCAUCGCCCGUUUUACUACAUUCACAACAAGCAAACUCUAGAGGAAGCAUGUAAUUUAUUCAAACCACUAACGUGUAAGAAAAACAAACGCUAAAAGAUUACCGUUGAUGAUUACUGAUCAGAAGUGCAACAAGUGUUAUCAACGGCUAGCUGAUUAUGGUACUACAAAUUAUUAAACAAAAUAUAUUUAAAUUUUAAGUGGCUAUAGAGUUGGUAAA